GAAUAAGCUGGCUUGGAAGCUAAGACUGGCAAGCCUGUUUUAAAAUAUUGUUUUGAUUGUCAAAUCAUUUACACCAUUGAGGUGUAUACUGCAGAAUGCCCUACGCCAACCAGCCAAAUCUUAAGUUGACAGAACUGACUGAGGAAAAUGUCAAAUUUCAGAUCUCAGACACAGACCUUAGUGUGGCAAAUUCUCUGAGAAGAGUUUUUAUCGCUGAGACACCUAUUUUAGCAAUUGAUUGGGUGCAAUUUGAAGCAAAUUCAACUGUCCUGUUUGAUGAAUUUUUGGCACAUCGUGUGGGCCUCAUUCCAUUGACUAGUGAUGAAACAGUUGAGAAGAUGCAGUAUUCAAGAGACUGCACUUGCCCAGACUUCUGUGUUGAAUGUUCAGUGGAAUUUACACUAGAUGUGAAAUGUACAGAGGAUGUCACACGAAAUGUAACAACUGCGGAUCUAAAGACUUCUGAUCCUAGAGUAGUGCCAGCCACCUCAAAACGAGAUGAAGAACAACCAGAUGACAAUGAUAAUGAAAUCCUUAUUGUAAAGCUACGUAAAGGUCAGGAACUCAAAAUGAGAGCAUAUGCAAAGAAAGGUUUUGGUAAAGAGCAUGCCAAAUGGAAUCCAACUGCUGGCGUUGCCUUUGAAUAUGAUCCUGACAAUGCAUUGAGGCAUACAUUAUUUCCGAAACCUGAAGAGUGGCCUAGGAGCGAAUAUACUGAGCUGGGUGAAACGGAUCAACAUCAAGCUCCUUACGAUCCUGAUGGAAAACCUAGCAAAUUUUUUGUCAACGUAGAAUCCUGCGGAUCUCUCCGCCCAGAAAACAUUGUAUUGAUGGGGAUUGCUAUCCUUAAGAAGAAGCUCUCAGAUCUACAAACCCAACUGAGCCAUGAAGUGCAGAAUGAUGCUCUUGCCAUUAACUGACUUGGUUUUAUUUCAAGUAAAUUGUUCUGAAAUGAUGCGCUCAACCUAUGAAAUCCAAACAUUAUCAAUACACUUAGAACAAUGACAUGAAGUUCAACAAAGGA